AUGGACUACGGCUACUCCAACACAUCCUACAACGCCGGCGGUGCUGCAAAUGGCGGCGGGUUCAUGACGGGCUCCCAAGGCGGCGGUGAGGGAUCGGCCCAGAAGCGAGGAUAUGGAAAAGACACACUGCGACCCGUCACUAUCAAGCAGCUCCUCGACGCACACCAUCCCCACCCCGACGCCGACCACUUCGUCGUUGACGAUGCAGAGAUGACACAAGUGACGUUUGUGGGUCAGGUCCGGAACAUCAGCACGCAGACCACAAACGUCACAUACAAAAUUGACGAUGGAACCGGCUCGAUUGAAGUCAAGGUGUGGAUUGACGCAGAAGCGCUUGAGGGUGAGAAGAAGAGCGGUAUGCCCGUGGAGCAGGGCUAUGCACGUGUGUGGGGUCGUCUGAAGGCUUUCAACAACAAGAGACAUGUCGGUGCCAUCAACGUGCGGCAUGUGCAGGACUACAAUGAGAUCUCAUACCAUCUGCUCGAAGCGACGGUCGUACAUCUACACUUCACACGAGGACCACCUGAACAACAGACAAACGGCGGUGCAGCAGCGGGUGGGAUGAGCGGACAACAGCAACAGAACGGGUAUUCGGCAGGCGGUGGCGGCGAUUUGUCUGGCUGCAGCGCGUCGGCGAGAAAGUUCUUCGCAUGUCUCAAAUCGACACCGCAGACGAAUGAGGGUCUUCAUGCACAGGACCUGGCCGGCAGGUGUAAUUUGGAAUUGUCGGAGGUGCUCAAGGCGGCCGACGAGCUGCUGAAUCUGGGCAAGGUGUACACGACCGUGGAUGAUUCCACGUGGGCGAUUCUGGACAUCUGA